AUGGUACGGACGCCGCAAUGUCAAGAAGAAUGUAAAGGAGAUAAAUUUGGUGUAAAUUGUAAAGAUAUAUGUCACUGUGUUGACAACAAAAAGUGCGACAGACGAAAUGGGACAUGUCCAGAUGGGUGUGCUGCUGGAUAUGACGGUGAUAAUUGUCAACAAGAAUGUUCCAGUGGUAGCUUUGGUGAUAGUUGCAAAGAGCAUUGUCAUUGUUCCCUACCAUGUAACCACGUAAAUGGAUCAUGUCCAGGUGAUUGUGAUGCAGGAUACAGCGGAUCCAGCUGUCAAGAAGAAUGUGAAGGAGAUAAAUUUGGUGUAAAUUGUAAAUAUAUAUGUCACUGUGUUGACAACAAAACCUGCGACAGACGAAAUGGGACAUGUCCAGAUGGGUGUGCUGCUGGAUAUGAAGGUGACAAUUGUCAACAAGUCUGUUCUAGGUUUACAUUUGGUCCUCAGUGCAAAAAGUCUUGUCAUUGUUCCAAACCAUGUAACCACAUCAAUGGAUCGUGUCCAGGUGAAUGUGACCCAGGGUACACCGGAUUCAACUGCCAAGCAGUGUGCAGAGAGGGUAAAUUUGGUGCCAAUUGUAGUGGUGUAUGUCAUUGUGUUGACAACAAAAACUGCAACAAACAAAAUGGAAGCUGUUCAGAUGGAUGUUCUGCUGGAUAUGAUGGUGUCAGUUGUCUGCAAGAAUGUUCCAGUGGUAGCUUUGGUCAUAGUUGCAAAGAGCAUUGCCAUUGUUUCCGACCAUGUAACCACGUAAAUGGAUCAUGUCCAGGUGAUUGUGAUGCAGGAUACAGCGGAUCCAGCUGUCAAGAAGAAUGUGAAGGAGAUAAAUUUGGUGUAAAUUGUAAAGCUAUAUGUCACUGCGUUGACAACAAAACCUGCGACAGACGAAAUGGGACAUGUCCAGAUGGGUGUGCUGCUGGAUAUGAAGGUGACAAUUGUCAACAAGAGUGUUCCAAUGAUAGAUUUGGUCUUGGAUGCAAUGUGUUAUGUCGUUGUUCUGAAAAGUGUAACAACAUUAACGGCUUCUGUCCAGGUACAUGUGAUGAAGGAUACCACGGAUUCAACUGCCAAAAAGAGAAAUCUACCCAAAGUAUCCUGGUGUUAGUGUUAGUUCCAUUGCUCUUGUUCAUAUUACUAAUCAUAGGACUUGCGGCUGCGAUUUGGUAUUGGAAAUUUAGGAGUAAAAGACCAAUUGCAAAACGUGACGAGAAAAUACGCAAAAUACCGGAGAAUAAGUAUGCAGAAGCCAUUCCUGAAGAUACAGCCCAACUUUAUGAAGAAAUCCAGCUGAACGAAAACGAAAGUAUAUACGUGAACAUGGCCAGUACCUCGUUUAAGUCAAAUCUGCAGGAAUACGUCUCUGAGAAGAAACGGGAAUUGGAACCAUUUAAUGAUGAGUUCUUGAGACUGCCAAAGACCUUACCACUGCCUUAUACUGAAGCAACAAAACCUGAGAAUACAAAGAAGAAUCGCUAUAAAACGAUACUGCCUUACGACCAUUCACGUGUUAGGCUUCAACCUGACGAGAUGUCCUCCUCAGAUUACAUCAAUGCAAACUUCAUCAGUAACCAGCGUUAUAUUGCUUGUCAAGGUCCUACACAAAAUACGGUGACGGACUUCUGGAGGAUGAUCUGGCAAUUGAAAUGUAAUACUAUAGUCAUGUUAACUGACAUUGUGGAAAAUGGAAAGAUGAAGUGUAUGCAGUAUUGGCCAGAUGAAGAGCAUACUGAGUCAUUUGGUAACAUCGAAGUUACACAUAUCAACACUAGCUAUCAUUCAACUCAUAUACACCGAAGAUUUAUUAUUUCAAAGUCAGGUGGUCAUCAGAAUGAAAGAUGGACUAUCGAUCAUUUCUACUUCAAUAAAUGGCCAGAUCAUGGCAUACCACAGCACACAGAAUAUAUCUUAGAAUUCCGAAAUGCCGUAAGGUUCAGAGAGGGAACAACAUCAUCAUUGGUCGUACAUUGCAGUGCUGGUGUCGGUCGUACCGGAACUUACAUUUGCAUUGAUACUCUUCUUAAUGAAAUGUUGAGUGGUCAAGCUAUUGAUGUAUUGGCAUGUGUCACGAAGCUUCGGGAGGAGAGGAUGCAUAUGGUCCAGAAAAGGAUACAACUGGAGUUUAUAUAUGAUGUUUUAGUCGAGAACAUUCUCACCGGAGAUUAUGACAUAGAUGUGAAUAAUAUACCAAAGGAAUUCUCUAGAAUAACGGAAACAGACCAUUCAACAAGAGUAUCGAUUUUAGAGCAUCAGUUUCAGGACGUAAUAAAACAAGUCGAAGUGCGUGACACGGACAUUGCAUUAAAAGAGGGUGGAGAGUAUGCGAAUUUCAAUAUCAGUGGUGUCUUCAUUGAUGGUCCUUCUUGCGAAAGAGAAUUUCUUGUUACAAAAUCUCCAAAUGAAAACAGUGUUCUGGAGUUUUUGAUGUGUAUGCGCAAAAGAGGUUACCUGAAUAUCGUAGCAUUUGAUUCAAGCGAGGCAGCACCUAUUUACUUGCCUAGGACAUUAAAUGAAACUGUUAAAAUUGGGCCAUAUCUCCUGGAACUAAUAAAUGUUGAAGGCAAAGACGUUUGCAUACACAGUGUUUUGAAGGUUGAAUGUGAUAACAAUUCGAGGAUCGAAGAAUUUGAGAUCAAUCAUUUCCAAGUCGCCAUAUGGGCGGACGGAAAUUAUCCAUCAUCUGCAGAGAUUUUAAAACUAAGUGAUAUUCUCAGCGCUCAUCAAAAUGAGCAGUUCAAUAAAAAAAUUGCUGUGUAUUGUCGUAAAAAUUUCCAUAAAAGUGGUAUGCUGUGCGUCAUUCACAUUUUGAAAGCUGCAAUAACCAGUCAAUCAGUAGUCAACAUAGUACGGUUGGUUCGACUGGUCAAGAAAAUAGAACCAAAUAUAAUACCUGACAGUGAAUCCUACGCCUUCGUUUGGAAAGUUGCAGAAUAUUUACAGAACGAAUCGUCUCUAUACUCCAAUUUUGUACAGUGAUGUGUAGGAGUGAAUCAUUUUAGAGAUCUCUCAUAAUAAGUUUUACAUCUUAUGAAAUAAGAAAUGAUGUAUGCAAAACAAUUACUUGUUUGUUGGAUAACGAAAACAAGAGCCUCGCGGGAAUUCUUUGUUUCUCUCAAAGGAAAAGGAAAACCAUUUCAAGAAGAUAAUAAUUCGUCUCUCAAAAUUAAUUUACAUGCUACGAGGCAGGCGUCAUCUUUGUUUACACAUAUAGGCCAACUAUGAGCAUUAUUUGGUAAUAAUACCUUAUGCUAAUUACAGCCGCCAAAAUUAAUUCGGACCACUUUUUCUUCCCGAAAUGUCAAUGUUAAUUCGUCAGGAACCCUUAGAAAGGAUGCGCUAAAUUUAUGGUUUUCAACAAACGAAAAUAUGGCUCUCCUUGCCUAUAAAUAAAUGGCUGAGGUUUUUCUUUCCUACACAAGUCAAUUAACUAUGAAAUGUUAAUAUUGAUAUCUUAGAAUUAUUACAGCUUUUUUUGAGACUAUGCUACAAUUAGCGAUAAAUUCAUUUUUAUUGUCUCCAACUAAGACUAAUCACUAUUUUUCUUACUAUUGUGUGUAUACAGCAUUAAGUAUAUCGCCGGUUAACAUAGUUAUCUAAAUUUAUGUCAUUUAAUCUUUUGAGUCAUUGCUCUUAUUCACAUUUUUCUUAAUUAUAUAUCUUACAGUAUUUUAUGUGCUGAUUUAUUACAAUCAGUCUCCUUUGCCCCUCUCUCCAUUUUCAAUAUUUUGUCUAUAUAUUUCUCACUUUUUUAUCGUUUCUUAUAUUAAAUCAACCCACUUGAUAUCCUACAUUUUAAUAUUAUAUAACAUUUGACAUUCCUACAAUUUCGAGAGGUAACGUUCAGCUACUUCGAAACAGCGACAAUGUUUUAAUACAAACCAAUUCACGUAGCACAGUUAUCCUCUCAAUUGAUACACCACCGCUUCAUUUACCAUUUCUCCUGGCUCUAUCCAUACAAGGAUGGUAGCUUCUUUCAUAUAAUGUUGCUGUCAUUUCAGUUAAUAGUAUCCUUCACUUCAAAGAUAACUGGAGUCUUCCUAAUUCACAUACUAUGGUGCCAUGAUUACUGAAAUAUCUCGCCUCUCAUCUCAAUAAGUAUACAAUUGUUGCCCUUUCUAUCCAUAUACCCUUGAUAUCCAUCGCAUUUAUACACAGUGUGUAUCCUCGCCGAUCAGAAUUAUAUCCCAUGCGUUCUUCACAAGUCAUAUACUGACGCUUUCCUCUCAGAUCAUACACUUCAAAUGUUUCUGUCUUUAGUGUUAAUGAUCUCUCCAUUCAUCCAUAACUCUUGCUUUCUCGAUUCGUGGACAUGCAGUUGGUGUCAAUAUCGUUGCUUAGAUCAAGAAAAUAUUGAUCAGUAAUAUUUUAAUUUAGUCAACCACAUUUUGCCUGGGGCUCAGCAAAAAAAAACCUCCUGUAAUAUAAGUAUAAAUAAUCUAGUCUGAGAUCAACAGCAGAUGCUUAUAUAUAAAUAUAUAUAUAUAUGUAUAAAUCAAUAUAAUCUUGUAAUUUUUUGUGUAAUCUGUAUAAAUGAAGUUAUGAUUAUAAACUCUGGUCAGUCAUGCGAAUUAAUAAAUUUAUCUAUAUCUA